UUAAGCUCCGCGAUCCGGCCAGUUUGGAGUCGAAGCUGAAGCGAGUUGGACGUAUUUUUCGCGCUGGUCAUUCCACUUACAACUCAGUCUUUUUUUUUUAAUAUUAUUUCUUCUCGUCGUCGUCGUGUACGCGUCUGUAUUCUGCUUUUGAUCGCCUGUGUGAGUGAGUGUUGGCCGAAUGGUGCUUUUGUAGAGAAGCUUUUAUUUGCCGUUCCUUUCGAUUGAUUCGAGAAGAAGUGCGGCUUGGUUUGGGGUGAAGUUAUUUCGUGAAUUCCAACCAGGCUCGACUGCUGAAGAAUCUAAGCCAAGUUUGUGUCCGUUUCCAUCGAUGGUGUGGUGCAGUGAAUUGUGAAAUAAUUAAAACAAACAAACCCGGCUUGUGUGACUGUGUGUAAAGUGUGCAGUUCAGCGAGGUGCAUCUAUUGCAUCAUCAUCAUCGGUAGCAGCAGCAGCCAUGGGAACGAAGAUAGAGUAUGUCGACUCGAGUCACAUGUACGCGACCAACUAUAUCAGAAACUCGAAGGCAAUCGCGGUGCUUUGGGCAAUCUUCAGCAUUUGCUACGCGAUCAUCAGUGUUGUGGCGUUUGUCACGCCCGAAUGGGUCGGCGACUCGGACUCGGACACCGGCGGCCGGCUCGGACUUUGGCAAAUCUGCCAGAAAGAUGACCUGAACGACAGCUGUACCGGCAAGCUGGAGGAUCUGCUGCUGAUGCAUUCGAUCGCGUUUCAGGUGGCCACGGUGUUCUGCGGUUUGGCCGUCGCAACGGCGGUCCUAGCGAUCUGCUGUCUGCUGCUGAUGGUGUUUAUGAAAUCGACCACCGUCUUUCACAUCUGCGGUUGGAUGCAAAUGCUUUCCGCGCUCUGCAUGGUAAUCGCCUGCGUUUCCUUCCCCUUCGGUUGGAACUCUGACGAAUUCCGGAAGGUUUGCGGCCCAGAGUCGAACCGCUUUGAGGUGGGUCUGUGCGGACUGCGCUGGGCGUAUCCCCUGGCGAUAAUUGCUUGCAUCGAUGGGUUCAUCCUGGCGACGUUAUCGUUCAUCCUCGCCACGCGACACGUCCGGCUUCAACCGGAGCCACAGUACCAGAGCAGUAUGUACAAAGGUGAAAUUAACAACGCCUACGUGACGGACGCCGUUAGCAUCGCCGGAUCGCGCAAAUCGUUGAACCUGCAGCCGGUUCUGCUGGUGGCGCCCCCUCACCACCACAUGAUGACCGGAAACGACACCCUGUCGAGCCGGACUGCCAGCCGGUACGGACCACCUCGGCCCGACUUUCACAGCUCGCUCCACCAAUUCCAGCUGUAACCAACCACAACUAAGUUGGUGACACAUCCUUGCCUCCAUCCAAAAAAAAUACAAAAAUAACAAAAUCUGAGUUGUGAAAGUAACCCUCCGUUGCGGCGCAAUUUGCCACCGUUCCAAAAAAAAACGUGAUUCCUCUUUAAUUUUGCUCAAUGCUCGCAAUACCUUGCUGCCGUAACGGAGCGUAACUUUCAUAACGACCCAAAUCGUAACGCGCAAAGCAAAGGCACAAACCAUUUCCCGAGAUGCGCUGCUCGAAACGCCGCGUAACGUGAGCCUGAAUGAUUGCGUGCAAGUUGGCGUUACGGCCGAUGGCACAGUUGGAUCGAAUGCGGUGGAAAUAGAACACAUUUUUGCAUUUUAAUUUAUUUUGCCUCGAUUCAUGUGCAUGUGCUUGCCACCCCCCUCCGAAGAAAUCUUUUUGCAAUUUUAUUAACGUCAAAGUAAAAUUUUACAUGCACAUCCAAACGAACGAAAGUUUGCACAAACGGCAAACUGAACUGCAAAGUAUUUCUACUUUUAUUUUAUCACUUAACUUGUUAUAUCUAGCAUUUUAUUUUAGGGUAGGAAUUUUAGCGAAAAAUAUACGAAAUAAAUUACAAAUCGAAA